AUGCAGACGGACGUGAUGCACCAGAACUUCUUUGAUUAUGUCCAUGUGGACGACCGGCAGGAGUUCAGAAGACAGCUCCACUGGGCCAUGAACCCCAGCCAGCACCUCUUGGUCUCAGCAACGGGUGUGUAUAUUAUAUAAGUACUAGCAACAGUACAGGGGGUUUAGUAGAGGGAUGCAAUCUGCCUAUCAACAGCGGGAGUGAGCGAGCAAAAAUUAGGAGUACUGAUUCAGCAAAGAGUAAAGACUGCAACAGUUUAUUUGUAAAAAAAAAAAAAAAGAGGCACUGUAAUCCAUUGCUAUGAACUCUAUUCACCACCACCAAGCAGACUAUGUGAUUAAUGGCCAAUGUAUGAGUGGAAAGUCCCCAUUUAAACUAUGAUACCUCUCCACGCCAGAGAUGAGGUGUGUGUGUGUGUGUGAGAGAACACAAUUGACUUUGCAAUGUUCACCUAUUAGUAUUUUAGUGCUUGUCUACUGUAAGAAACUGGAAAUCUGCAUUGUAGUGAAUAUUUGUAUUUUUCUAUACAGAUGAGGACUUUGUGGUGAGCAGCCUGUUCCAUUCUCAGGAGGUGGGGGGAGUCGCUCCUGAGUUCUCCUCCUUCCUCAACCGCUGUUUCAUCUCCCGCGUGCGCUGCCUGCUGGACAGCACCUCUGGCUUCCUGGUGAGUGGACUAACCCAGCCAGAGACCCCAGCCAGCCGUGAUGCUUCUACUGAGAACUGACUGGGAUAAACUUCCCAAAGAACAAUCUCCCAUUUGGUGUCAUGUUUGCUGAAAUUGUAGCUUGAGUGUAAAUAGAAUGUCCCCAUAUCCCGGACAUAGCAGGACAAGUGAUUUGGUGUGUCACGUUCGUUUAAUGACGGGACAGACCAAGGCGCAGCGUGAUAUACGUACAUGUUUAUUCAACUAAAUAAACACACGACAAAACAACAAACGAAACGUGAAGUCCUAAGGUAGAUACACACAACAUACCUUACACGGAACAAGAUCCCACAACUCAAUAGUGCCCAUAGGCUGCCUAAGUAUGGUCCCCAAUCAGAGACAACGAGCGACAGCUGCCUCUGAUUGGGAACCACACCGGCCAACAUAGAUCCACACAUACUAGAAUAUACAACAUAGAACAUACACAACAAAGAAUAUACACACCCUGACUCAACAUAUAAGAGUCCCCUGAGUCAGGGCGUGACAUGGUGCUUGGACACAGAUGUAUUUACUAUUUAGAGCCAUUGGUCCACCUCCCAUAGCUAGUUUGGAGGUUUGGAUCUAACAGUGGAAAUUGAUGGGGCUUGAAGUUGGCCUUGGGUUUGAACACUGGAGGGAAGGUCAACAGGGUUCCUCCUGUCAAUGCUGUCAUAAAGUAAAGUGACACAGGAUGGUCAUAAUGCUUCAUGACGGUGUCAUAACGUGUAUUUUCUGCAAGUUAUUUAAAAUAUGAUGGGGAAAAAAACAUGAGUGUACAGAAUUCAGAGUCACCUGUGUCAUAGCUCUGGUCGUUCUGUUAUUUCUCUAGGCUGUUGUGACUGAAUGAAACUUGGCUCUGGUCGUUCUGUUAUUUCUCUAGGCUGUUGUGACUGGAUGAAACUUGGCUCUGGUCGUUCUGUUAUUUCUCUAGGCUGUUGUGACUGAAUGAAACUUGGCUCUGGUCGUUCUGUUAUUUCUCGAGGCUGUUGUGACUGAAUGAAACUUGGCUCUGGUCGUUCUGUUAUUUCUCUAGGCUGUUGUGACUGAAUGAAACUUGGCUCUGGUCGUUCUGUUAUUUCUCGAGGCUGUUGUGACUGAAUGAAACUUGGCUUGUCUCAAUAAAAUACUUUUUUCUUCAUUAUCAAAAGAGCUGAGAUCAGACAAGUUGUAUGCCAUAAUUCAUUUAUAUAACAUAUAACAUGCCAUUUAGCAGACGCUUUUAUCCAAAGCGACUUACAGUCAUGUGUGCAUACAUUUAUAGUAUUAUAGAGCUUCAAAGUAUAGGCUUCUAAAUGGCUUCAAAAUGGCAUCUGGCAAAAACAUAUUUCUUGACAUGUCCGUGUUCUUUACCAUAUAUUUUGUGUGUGCUAAACACUCCACCUCCACGUUGUGACCUCUGACCUCGUCUCUGACAGACUAUGCAGAUCCAGGGCCGGCUCAAGUUCCUCCAGGGCCAGAAGAAGAAGUGGGGUUCGGGGGCCCUGAAACCCCCCCAGCUGGCCCUGUUCUGUGUGGCCGUGCCCCUUCUGCUGCCCUCCAUCACUGAGAGGAAGAUGAAGAACAUGAUGAUGGGGGACAAGCACAAGAGUGGAGGGGGCAUCAUCACCGCACUAGAACAU